CCCAUCUACUUCGCGCCCUCUGUCUGUUACAUUGACAACAAAAUAGGAGCUGUUGAAAGGUUGAGAACGGUAGUUAUACACCCAUUUUAUCUCUGACAGCCGAGGUGGUACAUUACGCCAAGAAACAAUAUAAUGAAAAGGCCGAGGAAUAUCAUAUUUUGCUGUCUAAUAUACUUUUUAGUGAGCACAGAAUCAGUGAGAAGUCAGCAGUGUGGGAGCAAUCAGUUCACUUGUGCUAAUGGAGACAGUUGUAUACCCAACAGUUGGAAAUGUGACGGAGCUGCCGAUUGUUUUGACAAGUCUGAUGAGGCAGACUGCCAGCAUAGGCCAGUAAAUUGUACUGAAGGUGAAUUCAAGUGUGCCAAUGGCAGAUGUAUAAUGGACAGAUGGCUUUGUGAUGGUGAAAAAGACUGUGCUGAUAAUUCAGAUGAAGAGCAGUCUAUGUGUGAAAACAGAAAAUGUCAAGAAAAUCACUUUAGCUGUGGUAAUGGAGUCUGCAUACCAGCAUCUUGGAAAUGUGAUGGUCAAAAUGACUGUCCUCAAGGAGACGAUGAAACUCCUGAACAAUGCCCAUCUAGCAGCUGUGGCCCUGAUGAGUUCAGGUGUGCCGUUAGUGAUAAAUGCAUCACUUCCAGGUGGAAGUGUGAUGGAGACCAGGAUUGUGGAGAAAAUGAUGCCUCUGAUGAGGAGAAUUGUGCCCCAACAACUUGCGCUUCCAAUGAAUUCAAGUGCUCAUCAUCUGAUGCAAAGUCCCAGAAAUGUAUUCCACAGCGCUGGGUCUGCGAUGGAGAUAUUGAUUGUGAGAACGAUGAGCAGAAUUGUACUUCAAAAGAGCCCUCCCAGUCUCAGUGUAGCAACACGGAGUUUAUGUGUGCAAAUGGAGAAUGCAUUCACAACACCUGGAGAUGUGAUGGCUACGCUGACUGUGCAGAUGAAUCUGAUGAAGGCCCUACCUGUCCAGGAAUAACCUGUGCUCCUGAUCAUUUUGCCUGCAAGACCAGUGGCUAUUGUCGUCCCAUAUCUAUGCGUUGUAAUGGUCAGGUGGAGUGUCCAGAUGGAUCGGAUGAGGAGCGCUGCAUUAUGGAAUGCACACAAGAGCAGUUCAAGUGCAACGACGGGGAAUGUAUUGCCAAUGACAAGGUGUGUGAUGGCACCAAUGAUUGCUACAGCGGGGAGGAUGAGGAGUAUUCAAUGUGCAUGAACAAAGUCAAUGAAUGUGACACAAAUAAUGGUGGAUGUAUGCAUCUGUGUAUAAAUACUGCAGCCUCGUAUUAUUGCAAGUGCCACGAAGGAUACAAAAUCUCUGCUUCAAACAACAAGACUUGUGAAGACAUAGAUGAAUGUUCUAUCCUUGGUAUGUGCUCCCAUAACUGCACUAACCACAAGGGCUCCUACAGAUGUGACUGCCAUAAAGGAUAUAAUUGGGAUUUGAGACAGCGCAUGUGCAAAGCUAACAUUCCAGAUGCCCCGGUUUCCAUUAUGUUUUCAAACCGACAUGAUAUUCGUCUGCUAACGCCUGUUACUGGAAAAUACACACAACUGGUGAACAAUUUGACCAGUGCAAUUGCCAUCGAUUUUGAUUACAGCAAAGGCACUAUAUUCUGGACUGAUGUUUCAGAUGAGAAAAUUUACAUGGCAACUGUGAGUAGUGAUAAAGCUACACAAACAAGAACAGAGUUGUUUGGUACUGCCAUGACUGUAAAAACUCCAGAUGGCCUUGCCUAUGACUGGAUCCAUAAAAACCUUUACUGGACAGAUACUGGGAAAAAUACCAUCGAGGUUGGCAACAUCGAAACAAAAUGGCGCACGACUCUCUUGAGCUUAGCUCUAGACGAGCCCAGGGCCAUUGUUGUUGAUCCAGUUAAUGGAUACAUGUAUUGGACUGACUGGGGAGAUACUCCCAGGAUUGAGAAAGCUGGAAUGAAUGGCCAGGAUCGCUUUUUUAAGCAAGAUAGCCAAGGCAAUAUAAAGUAUGGCCUUGUAUCCAGCCCUGACGUUCUCUGGCCCAAUGGUCUGACCAUAGAUUAUGUCAGCAAACGCUUGUUCUGGGUUGAUGCCAAGAUGCACUGUAUAGGAUCAGUGGAUCUGGAUGGACAUGACGCCAGACAAGUAUUGAUGAGCCUGGAAAAACUGAAACACCCCUUUUCUAUCACUGUAUUUGAGGAUAUUGUUUAUUGGGCAGACUGGGACACUGAGGGAAUCCAUGCCGCCAAUAAGUUUACUGGUCAUAAUAUCACUGAUGUAGCCAUCUCCCUGUACUCCCCUAUGGAUGUCCAUGUGUACCACCCCUACAGGCAGCCAGCUGGACACAAUGUAUGUGGACAGAACAAUGGCGGCUGCAGUCACCUUUGCCUUCCUUCGAGUAAUAAGGUACCAACAUGUCACUGCAUGGACGGGUACAAGUUGAAGAGUGACGGCAAGACCUGUGACACUUCAGCUGUUGUAACUCCACCAACCACUACAACGUCUUCCUCAAUCCUGGAAACCACGGAAGCAGAGGUUGUACAAAAGCAUACGGAAGAGAACGUUGGGCAGAUAGCAGGAAUUGUCAUUGGCAUAGUUGGGGCUUUGUUCAUCAUUGGUGGACUGCUUGGAUACAUCAUAUACAGGCAGUUUAUGCGCAAAAAUAUAAGGAGCAUGAACUUCGAUAAUCCAGUAUAUAGAAAAACAACAGAUGAUCAGUUUUCAAUAGAGAAAAGCCAGUAUCAGCCCAAUCAAAACGUGCCAGCAUCAUUACAACCACUAACAGGAGGAGAUCAAGGAACCAAUGAAUUUGUAUGAGAGUAACUUCACAUUAAGAAGCUAGCAGGAGGAGAAGCCAUGAUAUAGGUAGGAGGUCUGCUAAUAUAGGAUCAUCGAUGGAAGGAGAGAGACCUGCAGUAGAGAUGGCCCACCUGAGUUGGUCAUUACGGAGACCUGUAAAAACUGUGCAAUUGUAUCUGAAACUAUAAUGGAUGAUCAUUUCUUAUUUAUUAUACAAUGGGCCAUUGAAACGCAGGCAGUUCACAUCUGUGGAAAAUAACAAGGGGAGAUCUGUGGGAUAGCAUUAUCUGCUUCUGUUCUAGCUGGUUGCAUCUUGGGAGGAAAAAAACUGACAAGUUGCUCAACUUUGUGAUAUCAACAUACAAGAACCAUGUCAGUAAAGGAUGGAAAUAUCGGUGGUGCCGGACGGCCCGCCUCCAUGACAAAAACCCCCAUACAUAUUUAUCAGAAAAGAGGGAAGAAAUUUGAUAUUUGUCUAUGGAAGACUUAUUGGAAUUAAAAAAAAAAUUCAUUCUCAUAUUGUGAGACUUUUACUUCAACUCCAGAAACAGUUUAAAGCAGGAAUUGUAAGAAAAGGACAUCAUCUGUACAUUGUCUCCAUUUCGUGCAUCGUUCAUCUUCACCAAAGUGAUCUGAUUGAGAUGCUUGUGAGAUGAGAUGCUUCUAGCAUCUAGAGUUUGACUGUAUGAUUUUGUGUGCACAUACGUUUCAUAGUCAUUCCAUGGUUUUCAACAUUUUCAUCCGUAUUAGUCAGUUUUUGCUAGAUUCACUGUUUGAAUCCUUAUAGAUGCAUAAAUUAUUUCAUGUUGCAAUGCUGUUAAUGGUUAAGUUGUGCUUUUUUUGUUCAUUUAUGUAUUGGAAAGUGGCACCUUAUCUUUAUGGAGAAGUUGAUAGAGUGCUGUUGUGGUGUAAUUUAUUUCAUUUUUUAGCAAUGGUAGGUUACAAGUUUAACUGUGUACUGGAGUAUGCAAUUAGCUGUGAAGACUUUUCUGAGAAAAGCCUCUAGUAAUGUAGAUAGAAUAAUUGUUGACCGCUUUGAUUUAAAUUGUAAGUAUGUGAAUAUUGUAAAGGGUCAAUCAUGUCAAAAACAGAAGUGAAUGUACAGAUCAGCGAUGUAUAACCCCUGGUACAGCUGGCUAUCUCUUACGUGCACUGGCACGAUCAGUUUAUCAUGACUUCCUUCACAAAGAUGUGGUCAGGGUUUAAAAAGGAACUUGGAACUCACACACAAAUGCCAGUUGCCCAGUCCUCCUGGCAUCAAGGCAGCUGAGAAUGACAAAUAUAUGUAUUUUAAAAUAAUUCAGGAAACUGGAACAAUUCAUUUACUACGUAGGAAUUCAGACUUAGUACAUUUUGUAUGGGUAAUGUUACAGCACCAAUGGUGGAUGUUAGAUAAAUAGGACUAUCCCCAAGUUGUUCCAGUAUUGGUGCUAUAUCUUUUGUCAGAUUUCUUAAAAUGUUGGUGCCAAGCAGGGCAGACAUAUCACAUUCACUGUAAUCAUGUAAAUAUGUACAGACCAUUAUAUGCACAACACUGCUCAUUGUUGUUCACAAAGUCAAGUUUAAAAAAAUGUAAAUAGCAGAGAUUUAUUCCAGUGGAAUCUCAUCCCGUGCAGCUGAACUUUGUGUUGCUUCAGUGUAAAUCUCUUCAAAUUUCUCAAGUCAACUUCUGUUGUUCUGGGCCUUAAAACUUAUUACAGAGGUGGUGUAUGUCCUUUGGAGCUUGUUUUCAUUUGUUUGAAAUAAAAGUGUUAGGCAAUGUUUA